CUCGGGGAAGGUAGCGAUGAAUAAGAGGCAGCGAGCCCGCCGCCGCUGGAGGUUGCAGGGCAGCGCUUAUACAACGAGCUACACACAUGGGUGUCGGGGCUCAGACCGCGCAGGACGGGCUGCUGUCGCCGUCCGCUGCCCAGGAGCAGAAAGCAAGAGUGGAGAGCGAGUGGGGAGCCGAGGCUCCGGGCAAGGAGGUCGGAUCCGGCCAGCUGCGGGUCAGGGAGACAUGGAGUCGCCGGCUGGAGUUCACCUUGGCCUGUGUCGGCUACGCGGUGGGACUGGGCAACGUGUGGAGGUUCCCCUAUCUGUGUUAUCGAAGCGGCGGAGGUGCCUUCAUUAUCCCAUACCUGGUCAUGGUCUUGUUGUGUGGGAUCCCGCUGCUUCUCAUGGAAUACACCAUCGGACAGUACACGAGCUUGGGGCCUGUCCACGCCUUGGCUAGAAUCUGCCCUCUCCUCAAAGGUGUCGGCGUGGCAACGGUUGUCAUUUCAUUCUUGCUUUGUACUUAUUACAAUGUUAUAAUCACGUGGGCUCUGUACUACCUCUUCAACUCCUUCCGGGCCACAUUUCCCUGGCAAAGCUGCAACAACACGUGGAACGUGGUGGAAAAUUGCUCGGAUGGAUUUGCUAGGAACGCCACCCAUCUCAAAUCCGCCAGUCAGCAGUUUUUUGAUUACAGGUUGCUGGGGAUGAGCAGUGGGAUCGAGCAGCCAGGCAACAUGCAGUGGAACCUGUUUGGCCUUCUGAUCUUAUCUUGGGAUUAUUUCUGUAUAUUUCUGUAGGCACAAAAUGCUGGAGUAAUCUCUUGUCGUCUCUCUUCCCAGGUGGUGUAUUUCACAGCCAUAUUUCCGUACAUCAUCUUAAUGAUCCUGCUGAUCAAUAAUGUCCAGCUUCCAGGAGCCAAGGAUGGGAUUCUCUUCUUCCUCACGCCCGACUGGAGCAAGCUGCUGGAUGUCCAGGUCUGGGUGAAUGCUGCCGCACAGAUUUUUAACUCGCUUGGAAUCGGAUUUGGCUCCAUGAUAUCCAUGGCCAGUUACAACAAAUUCAAUAACAACAUCCUCAGGGAUACAUUCAUUGUGGCAGUGAUAAACUCGGUCACAAGUAUCUUUGCAGGAUUAGUGAUUUUCUCUGCCAUUGGGUACAUGAGCCACCUGCACAAUUUACCUGUUGAAGACAUUGCCACUGAUGGCCCGGGCCUAGUGUUUGUCGUGUAUCCGGAGGCCUUUGUAACCAUGCCAAUUGCCCCAAUGUGGGCCAGUCUGUUCUUCUUCAUGCUCCUCUGCCUGGGAGUGGACAGCCAGUUCGCCAUGGUGGAGGUGAUGGUGGUCAGUCUGAUGGACAAUUGGGGGACGAGUCUGCUGCAAUUUUUCAGACGCAAAGAACUCGUGGUUCUUGCUGUGUGUUGUGUGGCCUUUUUGCUUGGAAUUCCCAACGUCACACAGGGCGGAAUUUAUUUCUUCCAACUAAUGGAUCAUUACACAGCCGUGGUGUCACUCAUGUUCCUGGCUUUCUUUGAAGUUUUGGCCGUUUGUUGGUUCUAUGGUGUUCGUAGAUUAUCUGCCAACUACAAGGAGAUGUUGGGAACUGAACCAAAUUUCUUUUUCAAGCUGUGCUGGUGGGUUGUCUCUCCACUGCUGGUCACAGUUAUCCUGGUGUCCAGCAUAGUCCGCUACAGUCCUGCCCGAUACGGUCAAACAUACAAGUACCCCCCUUGGGCUGAGGGCCUCGGCUGGAUCAUCUCCCUCUGUUCCAUCAUCUGGAUCCCACUGGCAGCUGUGCACACCCUGUACACCAGCAAAGGCUCAUUUAUUCAGCGUCUGAGAUCUUCGAUAACUCCCAUCGGUGAGAUGGCAGCAGCAGGAAGCAAGGAGCCGGCGAUCAAAUUGAAGCUAGAAAUGUACGAGCCUCCGUGUUCCAUCAGCUUCACUGACAACAUGAAGCUUGCUGAAGAAAGCAACAUGUGAAUUUUAUUUAUUUAAUUGAGAGAAGCUUCAUGGACCUGGUGCUGAGGAAACUGGUUUUACGGAGUUGUAUAUUGCUUUCAGUAUCAACCCCGAGAACACAAAGUGUCAUGCCUUGGGGACGGACUAUUACCUUCUAGGUUUAGCUGUGUGUAAUGAACUGUUCUGUCCCUGUGUGAGAAGAUUUCCAGGGAGUGCAGUGGUCUUUAGCAGUGAGUUUAGUUGGUGAGUGGGUACCUGUCAACGCUAAGGAACGAAGGACAUCAACAAGGCUCGGUGAAACGGUGUUGCCUCUGGGAUUAUUUAUGGAAAGUUAUAUUUAAAACAAUCGUGCAACAUGCGUAGGUGGAAUGAAGGCCUUUUGACGUACGUCGUGGAUAAGAACCGCAGUUGUCGCCGUGACUGGUCCCAGUCCCUGUUCUGAAUUCUUAAUAAUUUGCCGUGGGACCUGCUCCAAAGAAGAGAACCUACAAUCCAAAGAUAUGACUAAUUUCCCACGCAGUGUACAUGAAGCAGAAUUGUAUGACUCACCAUUCUAUUACAGAAGCCUUGGUGAAAAUGCUUUAAGAACUCUAUCGGUGACUGGCGAUCACUAAUGCCUAAUUCCUCCUGCUGCUUCUGAACGGUGCCUCCAAUGCCACCGUGCGUGAUGGUUUAGAAGUGUUCUUGCCGACAAUCACUAGCCAAAGCGAUCUCAUUGAAGAUCCGAACUUUAACGUUAACAGGAGUAUCCACAUCUACUGGUUUCAACACUCCUGGAAGCGCUGCAGAUCUGCAUCUCCACUGCCAGAGGGUGAAGUGUUUGGUUCGGAAUGACACAGCCUGCUGAGCACUAGAGAAUAAAAGGAAGUGCCUUUGGAAAGGUGAUCAGAAGGAAUUUCUUUAGUUAGCUGGUGAUGAAUCUGUGAAAUUCAUUGCCACAGACGGCUGUGGAGGCCAAGUCGAUGGAUAUUUUUUAGGCGAUUAACAGAGUCUUGAUUAGUAAGGGUGUCAGAGAUUAUGAGGCGAAGGCAGGAGAAUGGGGUCGAGAGGGAGAGCUGGAUCAGCCAUGAUUGAAUGGAGGAGUAGACUUGAUGGGCCGAAUGGCCUAAUUCUGCUCCUAGAAAAUAUGAACGACGCCCAGUGAAUUGGUGCUCAGUAGGGAAUUAACACCUUGAUGAGAAUGUGUUUGAAGCUGGUUAACAAAGAUUGAACUUCUCCUGCAUCUGGGAGAAUGUGAGGCCUUUAAUUACACCCUUCACACUGCUCUGAUAGCUUAUUUACCAUAACCUUUUUUUUGUAAUAAAAUCCAUUCUUCUGCAAUUUACAAAUGGAUUUCUGAUGCGUGACAGAAAAUGGUGAACACUAAUUAAAAUCAGGCUGAACAUGCAUCUUCAGAAAAUCAAAUGAGAUUUGCGUCUAAUUUUAACCAGAAUCCAUAAUGUGUUUGUUGUAAUUGUGUAAACUACAAUAUUUUAGUUUCCAAUCCAAUGUUGUUUUAUUCUGAGACUAUGAUAUAUAUUGGCACGAGUAUACCCUUAAAUGUAUAAAAUAAAAAAAUGGUGCAGCACAGUGGCACAGAGGUAGUAUUGCCACCUUACAACAUCGGAGACCCGGGUUUGAUCUUGACUUUGUAUGAUCUACCAAUGACUGCGUGGGUUUUCUCUGGGUGCUCCGGUUUCCUGCCACACUCCAAAGACGUACAAGUUUGUAGGUUAAUUAGCUUCUGUAUAUUGUCCCUAUUGUGUAGGAUAGUGCUGGUAAAUGGGGUGAUCGCUGUUUGCUGCAGACUCUGGGCCGAAGGGCCUGUUUCCACACUAUCUUUAAAGUAUACAAAAAGAAACAGAAGAGACUGGAAAUGCUCAGCGGGUCAGGCAGCAUCUGGGGAGGGAAAAACACGAAGCUAACGUUUUGAUUUGCUAACGUUCGAGUUUAGUUUAGUUUAUUGUCAUGUGUGACGAGGUACAGUGAAAAGCUAUCCAUGUACCUGUCCAAAUGUUAUUUAAAUGCUGUGAGAUUGAAAGGUUCUUGAAUAGGAAGGGCAUCAAAGGUUGCAGGGAAAAGGCAAGAGUGGGGUUGAGUGGAAAAUUAGAUCAGCCCUGAUUGAAUGGCGUAGGCUGAAUGGCCUAUCUCCGAUGUCUUAUUGUCUUAUUAUACAGUGCUUUCAUACAUUGCAGGGAAAUGGUCCGUGUUUAAGCUCUGCUCUGCCCGAGGGGAUUAAAAAAAGAUGAGCAGAUUCCCCGAGAGAAUAGCCCGAACUCCCUCCAACAUGGUGUGAGAAUGACCAUCCUCCUUCCAUUCCUUCACAUACCUCGAGUUUUAAUGUGUAGGAAGGAGCUGCAGAUGCUAGUUUAAAUCGAAGAUAGACACACAAAAAGCUGGAGUAACUCCGCGGGACUGGCAGCAUCUCUGGAGAGAAAGAAUGGGUGACGUUUCGGGUUGAGAUCCUUCAGAAUGUUCAGAAAUCCUGAAAUGUCACCCAUUCCGUUUCUCCAGAGAGGCUGCCUGUCCUUACUCCAGCUUUUUGUGUCUAUCCAGUUUUAAUGUUGAAUAUAUGGUAUCUCAUUUUAUAUUUGGAUUAGGUCAAUUCCUCCAGAGACCUCAUCACAGCACUAUCAAUUAAGCUUAUUGCACAAUAAUAGAUCUAAUGUAGGCUAUUCCUAAAUUGGUUCCUCAAUUUGGUAAACUAUCUCUGAUACACUCCAUGAGUCUUCGCUUUGCCCUUUACCUGUUGCUUUGACUUGCCUGAUAUAUAUGUCAAAGUCCGCCCUGAAUGAUCACUGUAAUACUCUUUCAGCCAUGCAUAAGUGAACAGUGGAGCAGGCCAAAGAUAUAUAUUUUUUGUCCUAUAUUUUCGGUUGUAACUCUGUUAUCUGCACAUCAAUUUUUUCUUUUCAUUUACAUUAUUCCUCCAGCACCUUGUGUCUUUUUUUUGUAAAGCUGUGCCAGUACUGAAAUGGAGAAACAAGGAACGGCAGAUGCUGCUUUAUGAAAAAAAGAUGCAAAGUGCUGGAGUAAUUCAUUGGGUCAGGCAGCAUCUUGGGAGAACAUGGAUAGGUGACAAUUCAGAUUUUGAGUCUCAAAAAGGGUACCAACCCGAAAGGUCACCUAUCCACGUUCUCCAAAGAUGCUGCCUGACCCGCUGAGUUACUCCAGCACCAAACUAAAUCUCUUCCGCCUGCACGUGAUCCAUAUCCUUCCAUUCCCUGCAUAUCCAUGUGCCAAUCCAAAGCCACUAUCGUAUCUGACUCCACCAUCAACCCGGUCAGUCACUUAUCCACAUUCGCCAGAGAUGCUGCCUGACCUGCUGAGUUACUCCGGCACUUUGUGCCCGCUUGUACUGACUUAGUUAAUCCAUUUAAAUCUUCAUGAGGGUAUUCCGAUGACCAUCAGCGAACCCCAUACAACUAACGUCAGAAGCUGUGCCUUAACAGAACCGAAAAGCUAGUAACCCCAGGGUCCAUAAAUUCUGAUUCGGCUCAUUUCAAAUAACUGGUUCCAGCUGACCAGACAGUGGACUCAUUAUUUACCAUGACUAUAACAUUUGUUCAGCACUGGGAAUAAAAAUUAGACAGUUAAGAUAAUUUAAGUGCGAGUAGAGUAAAAGCAUUAAAUAAUUAAAACAAUAAUACACUCUUACUCACCAAAUUGUAUUCAAGCACCUGUAUAUAUCAGAUAGGUUGAAGUAUGUUUCCUCAGUUGAGGUACAUUUUUCUUGUACAUUUCAACUUUUUAGCUGAUGAUGGGUAAUGCAAAUCCCGUAAAUCAGGCUUGCAUUAAUGAUGGAAAUAUGGUACUGGGUGCAAAGCAAGAGCAAAUGCAACAAAAAUCAGAUGUGAGCGGUGUAGCGAUUCUGCUAAUGUCUCUAGUUGCUGUGAAGUUGAAAUUGGUAUUAAAGCAAGAUAUUUAGUGUAUCGUUCCAGAUGAGACUGUUCACAUGUGGAUUGCAAAGCUAUUUGAUGAAAAUAUGUUUAUGUGCUGUAAUUCAAGAUUCAAGAGAGCUUAUUGUCAUGUGUCCCAGAUAGGACAAUGAAAUUCUUGCUUUGUACCUAUAGUUAUAUGUUUAAUGCUUAGUUCAUUAUUUUUGUUAAUAUUAACAUUUUUAACAUGUACUUUUUAUAAGAUGUGGUUUAAAUAAAGCCAUUUACAUGACA